AUGCUAGUCUUCUGCCCCAAUUGCAGUAAUGCGCUCACCAUUUCCAAAGCAGAAUCGAGCACAAGAUUCCCUGCAGGUGUGAACCGCUUUGAAUGCCGCGUCUGCCCCUACGAAGCUCCGCUGGAAAAGAACUAUUUCGAGAAGAAAGAUAUGAAGCAAAAGGAAGUGGACGAUGUCUUUGGUGGCAAGGAGGAAUUUGCCAAUGCUGAUAGUGUCGCCACUCAAUGCCCCGCCGAAAGCUGCAAUGGGGAACGUGCGUACUUCUUCCAGCUGCAGAUUCGCAGUGCAGAUGAACCGAUGACUACAUUCUUGAAGUGUACCUCGUGCGGUGCUCGGUGGCGAGAAAAUUAG